AUGGCACCCCGGACAGAUACAUCGGUCAUCAUCGACGCUCCGCCCGCUCAGAUUUGGGACAUCCUGGCAGACUUCGACCACUGGAAAGAUUGGAACACCUGGUUUACUGAGAUUCAUGCACAUGACCCAGACGUGAACGUCGGCACACCAGUCACAUUCACGAGCGCACCGUCCGAGACCGCGAAGCCGGGGACCUACACUGUGCGGAUCUUCACAUGGGAGCCAGAGAGGGAGAUUUCUUGGAAGGGAGGACCAAUGCCUGCGAGUCUGGGUUGGGUGAUGCAGGGAUAUCACUGGUUCAGACUCGUGCCGCAGGAUGGAUGGAAGAAGACGAUGUUCGAGCACGGAGAACAGAUAGAGGGUAUCUUGAACAUUCUGGUGACGAAGGGGAUUAUGGAUGGCUUGAAGGGACAGGCUGAGAAGUUCAAUAAGGAGUUGAAGAAGAGAGUCGAGGGCGGAAAGAGUGCCUGA